AUUACAUUUAUUUUUGCUGAAUAUAUUCUAAGCAAAGUUAAAAACUUAUUUGAACUAAGUUGAUUUUAUUUCACCAAAAAUGCCUUCAUUUUCUGCAUUAAUUUAUUUAUUAAUCAUAGUAACUAUUUUGAUUAAAAGUUCAUCGAGCAAAUCGUUGCCACUUUGGCCUAUAAAAAAUGGGAAACAUGCCAGAGCACCUAAAGUAGUAUACGUACAAUCGCCGCCCCAAGUGGUUCAUAAUCAUGUUAUCAACGAAAAUGUUAAUACUGUUGAAGUGGUCGUUCAUGUCCACACAACUAACAAUAAAGUGAUCAAUCUAAAUCAACCAGUGGCUAAAUCAAAUGGUUAUGCCAGAGCUCAGCCACAAUCCAAAAGGCGAAUCACUAAUAGAAAUAAGAAUUAUUAAUUAUUUAUAUAAUUUAAUUU